AUGUCACAUCGUUCAAGAUUGCUCUCACGCAAAAUUCCUCGACGUGAAAGAGAAGCUCAUGUAGUUAUUGAUUCACCUUCAUCUAUAACAAAACCAUCGACAACAGCACCAUUACUUUCCGAUUAUGAUUAUCAAGCACCAAGUACAUAUCAUUCAAUAUCUCCACGAUCGAAAUGGAUUAUAGUUCGUAAUAAUAUACAUAGAAUUCGUUGUAUGGGUGAUCUUAGACGUGUAUCUGGUGUUGAUAAACCAAUACGAGAUUGGUAUCUUUUUUUUCAAAUGAGACGUGAAUUAAAACGUGCUGAAGAUCAAAUUCGUGCUAUACAAUAUCGAACAGAUUUUACACCUGUACGUCAUUUUAAAUUACCUAUUGAUGCAACACAUACUCGACGUUAUAAUGUAUCACAUGUUCGACCAAAUGAUGGUAUUUAUUAUGCUGGUCUUGGUACAGAACCAAUUGUUUUACAAUAUUUACUUUAUUAUUUUAGUAAAGAAUGUAAAGUACCAUAUGAUAGUAUAUUUUAUUCAUUUUUAUCUGAUGUUAAUGCUGUAUUAGCUGCAAAUCGACAACGUAUGAAUCGAGUUGUUGUUUAUAGAAAAGUUGCAUUAAUAAUAACAUUAAUUAUUUUUUCAAUUAUUAUAAUAAUGUUUUUUUCAUUAAUAUUAAGUGUAUUAACAACAACAUCAAAUUUACGACAAAUGUAUAAAAAUGUUCAUGAUGAAGAUAUGAAAUGGCGUAGUUCGGAAACAUUUCAAUCAAUAUAUAAAACUUAA